CUCUUCUCAGAAAUCGAAACUUACCAGCCAGAACCUGCUGAAGCAAUUACUCAGCAGAGGAGUGUCCAGAUCCCACAGAUACAGUUCUGAUAGAGGCAGGGCCUCAUGGACUAUGGCUCUCUUGUCCCAGGGGACCCCAGGCAGCCUGCAGACACAGGCAAUGGAGGAAGAAUUCCAGUUCCUGCUCUGCCAGGGAUGCCGGAAAGAACCCAGAAAUCCUAAGCUCCUGUCCUGCCUUCACACCCUGUGCUCCAACUGCCUGGAAGAGAACAAGCCUGUUGGCCAGUGCCCCGUCUGCCAUGCUCCCAUCCCACAAGCCAGUGGGAUCCCAGACCAGGACAACCUGCUCUUCGCCAAUCUGCAGGCCAAGCUGAGCACCUACCAGAAGAUCGUCAAAGGCAGUGACCUGGUCUGUGACAACUGUGGGCAAGAGGGAGAGUUCUGGUGCUCUGACUGUGAGGAGUUCCUUUGUGUCAAGUGCUUUGAGACCCAUCAGAGGUAUCUAAAGCGAGAGAGCCAUGAGGCCAAGGCAGUGAGGGAUCUCAAGGUGGGAUCUGCCAGGGAGUUCCUUGGUGGUUCCAGGAAGCUCAGUAACUUGUCCUGUCCCAAUCCAACCCAUGCGAACCAGAUGCUGAGCAUCUACUGCAGAGAGUGCCAAAAACCGAUCUGCUGCAUCUGUGCUCUGCUGGACAGCCGGCACAUGGGCAAGCACUGUGAUAUCAAGGUGGAAAUCCAGCAGAGGCAGCAGGAGUUGGGGAGCAUGAGUGAAGAGCUGAAGAAGAAGGAGGAAAUCUUCCAAGAUGCCUAUAGUAACCUGAAGAGCAAAGCUGACCACCUGGACCAAGUGACGACUGAAACCCAGGAGCUGAUCCGAAAGAGAGUCAAGCAGAUGGUUCAGCUGAUCGGAGAGAAGGAGCAGGAGCUGCUGGAGAUGGCAGAGAGGCAGCACCACCUGGGGAACAAGGAGCUGGAGGGGAAGCUGCAGCAGACAGAAGCCGUGCUCAAAAGGAUGGGGGCCAGUGAGCAGCUAGUGGAGAAGAUGCAUCUCUACGCGUCAGACCAGGAGGUGAUGGACCUGCACCCCUUCAUCAAGGGGUCACUGGAGGAGCUCAGGAAGCUGCAGCCCCUGGCUGUGGGAGUCAGUGUCCAGGCUGGAGGCUUCGCCAAGUGUAAAGCCAGACUCCAGGCUCUGUUUGAAAGAGUGACGGGGGACAGAGGUACCUCUGCUCCCCAACGGGCCCCCCCGUCAGAGGACGAGAGCACUGUGACGCUCAGCCUUGAGCCUCUGCAUCCUCCAGAGGCUUCCGACCAGCAGAGACACCUCCCUGCCAAUGACAAUGAAGGGUUGCUCUCCCAUGAGGACCCCACGUGUCCCCCCAGCUCCCAGGCUGAGCCCCACCUAUGUGAGGAUGGAGGAGGAGAUGUCUGUCCAGCUAACCAAGAAGCUGCCCCAGCUAGAUCCAUAGAUAAUUCCAGCAAGGCCCCUUCGUUGUUGAAGAGGAAAGGAGUCCAAACCGAGGCCCCUGCGAAGGUGAUCAAGACUGAAGCUGAUGCAGGCAAAUGGGAGCAAUCAGCAAGGAAGCACCAACAGAAUUUGCUGGAACAACCGGGGACCAGUUCCUCAACAGCAAGCAACUCUUCAUGCGUGACUGACAGCUUCAGUGCAGCCAAAGUAGCUGACUUGCUGGAAAAUAACAUCUAUGAGCCAUGUGAGCCAGAUGAUCCCACAGUUUGUUUGGACAGCUCUGAAGGGGAUGACAGCGAUGAAGAGUCAACAGACUCUAGUCUGCCAGACGACAUCAACAGCGUCAGUUGUGAGAGCAGCAAGGGAGACCUCCUGGCCUUUCCUGCUGGCAGCCUGAGGGAGCUCAACACGAGACAAGCAUCACUGCUCUUCUUUGACCUCAAGUUCUUGACAGCGAAUAAAAUCCUUCAGCUGGCUCUGGUGGAUGGAGAAAAGAACUUUACCAUCUUGAUUCAGCCUCUGAAAUCUUUGCCUGGCUUGAUCUCAAAAGGCGGCGUCUGUGAGAUUGGUGUGAAGACUUUAUUCCGCUACCUCUGCUCUGUCCACAAACCCAUCUUAGCAGGGUAUGACCUCUGGUCACCAGCCCUUCCUAUCCUUUUUCAAUCUCUGGAUCUCAUUAGCAAGAAAGAGGAGUUUAGUGCAGCUGUCUUUGGUUUCCUGGACAUCUUGCCCCUGAUUAAAGAGAAGAUCCCCAAGGCUGGGAGUUACAAACUGAAGAACCUGGCCAACACUUACAUUUGGCGGCAGCUCAGUGAUAACAGCCCCCUGGAGAAUGCAAAGGCCCUAAGGGAUCUGUGCACAGUUCUGGAGAUUGAUCCAGUGGAGGACCCGAAGCCUGUGCUCACCUGCUCUAAUCUGGAAUGUUAUGCUUCCCUUCAGCCAUUGCUGAAUGAGAAACUUCUCACUAAGCCUUCGGUGCGGAUGCUGUCCAUGCACAACAUGAGCCUUUCCAAGCUCCACACCUUAUACCUGAGGGACCCUGAGAAAGGGCUGCAGAAGUUCUGCAGGUUCUUCAAUUCUCGGCUGCAGAGCUCUGAGAAGAAAAUCCGAAAGCUAAGUAAGAUCAAAGCCCAUUUCCAAAGCCCACAGCCAUCAGCUGGGCACCAAGCAGCAGCAGCAAAUGAACUGCCACGAGCAAUAAAGAGUGAGCCAGACUGCUGAAGUACAUCUAUAGCUCAGACAAAUAUAUCUGUGCAUGGCACCUCAGGCAUGAGGCUGAGCAGCAACAUUCAGCUCUGAGGUCCAGACUCCACCAGAAUUCAAGUUCAGAUUCACCAUCUUCAGUUUGGCCCAUUAUCUAGAGCAGGGCCUGUUGCAAAGCUCACAUCUAGAUCUGAACUAUGAAUUUCUGGGUUGCUUGGAUCAGGUGUUCUGGGGGGCAGGGGACUCUCUCCCCCCCCCCCUUUGUAUUUAUUUCAUAUACAAAACUUUGUUAAGCUGAAGUGCUUAGGGCACUACCCUAGGACUUGGGAGACAUGGGUUCAAGUCCCUGCUCCACCACAGACCUCCUGUGUGACUUGGGGCAAGUCAUGUAGCCACUCUCUGCCUUAGUUUCCCAUCUGUGCAUUGGGGAAAAUAGUCUCGCCCUGCCUCACUGGAGUGUUAGGAGGCGGUGGUUACGUCCUAUUCAGGCCUGUCUGUAGAGGCCUAUACUCUAAGAAUUUAGGUGUAUUCUUAUCACUUGGCUAGUUAUAGAGGCAUAAAAGAAAGAAUCAAAAUCACUGUCUGCUGGUGUAAGGUCCUUCUCUUACUGUGACAGUCUGAGGCCCUGUUCUUAGGCUAAGGUCUUUGGCUAAGCAACAGAGGCAGCCAUAAGCUGGGAAGCGACCGGUCACAUCCUCACAUUCCAACUUAGUCACAUUGAAAUAAGGUGCUAUUGGGCUGUUAGGCACUAUCAGGACAGGAUUGUAUUCCUAUCACCUCCAGAGAAAGGGAAGUGCUUAGAAAAUGUAAAAGGAAACUUAGUUUGAUAGCAUCCUGUCUGGCAAGAACUCACUUUUCAAUAGCUGGGAUGUGAAAUCCUCACUUCUGUAUUGUUUUGUCAUUAUAGUUCCCACUUUGCUAUUGUUUUUCUGCAUAAUCUCUGUCUGGUUCUGUGAUUGUUCCUGUCUGCUGUAUAAAUAAUUUUGCUGGGUGUAAACUAAUUAAGGUGGUGGGAUAUAAUUGGUUACAUAAUCGUGUUACAAUAUGUUAGGAUUGGUUAGUUAAAUUUCAGGAAAAUGAUUGGUUAAGGUAUAGCAAAGCAGAACUCAAGUUUUACUAUAUAGUCUGCAGUCAAUCAGGAAGUGGUGGGGGGGGGGGGAAAUGGGAACAGGGAAUGGAGUAAGGAAGCUGGAAUCAUGUUUGGCUAAGGGUAGGAAUGGGAACAGGGACACAGAUAGGUAAGGCUCUGUGGUAGUCAGAGCUGGGAAGAGGGACACUAAGGAAGGAAACUGGAAUCAUGCUUGCUGGAAGUUCACCCCAAUAAACAUCGAAUUGUUUGCACCUUUGGACUUUGGGUAUUGUUGCUCUCUGUUCAUGCGAGAAGGACCAGGGAAGUAAGUGGGUGAAGGAAUAAGCCCCCUAACACUGUGCAUUGGGGAAAAUAGUCUCACCCUGCCUCACUGGAGUGUUAGGAGGCGGUGGUUAUGUCCUAUGGAAACAAAUAAGUACCCAAGAUAGACCGAAAUCAGGGUUGCAGAACCAUAUCAGUGGCUUGAGGACAUACUGCCUGUCAGGAUUGUUAGAGUUAAAGUCCCUCAAGCAUUAAACCCCCCCAAAGGUGCAGAGUUAAAGGUGCUACUCUGAGCAGGACUCAUGGUAGUAAUAACACUGCAAUCUGACCAUACGCGAUUUCCAACAGUGCUGCCAUGAUUGGAGCUGCACCAGCAGUUAUGGGACCUAAUUUUCCUAGUGCAGACAAGACCUGUGUUACCUGAUGUAUCCAUUUCCUCACAUAGACUUGUUUCUGUUUGGUGUAUGGACCAGAUACUCAGAAGUGUGUAGGCACAUAACUCCUAUUGAGAGUCAGGCACCUAAAUACCUUUGAGGAUCUGGACCUACGUGACCAGAGGGAGGACUCUGUCUAUCCAGCCAUUACUUCCUUGUAUUUAUUAUCACCAUCAGCCUGUAGAAUAAGCAAAUUUUAUACAAUUAUAUGCACAAGAAUUGCCUGUGUGAUUGAUUCAGGGGGCUGGACUUGAUGACUUUUCACAGUCCCUUCCAGCCUUACAUGUCUAUUACAUGUGAAUACAGACUAACACGGCUGCUACUCUGAAACAUGUCUAUGAUUGUGGCAGCAGCACACAGAGCAAGGGGAAUUUUAAUUAUAAUAAAAUGAAAUGUCUUUGCUCCGCUCUAAGUGUGGCCUAGAUCCUCAAAGAUAUGGCACCUAACUCCCAUUGAUUUCAUGCAAGUUAGGAGCUUAAAUGCCCUGGAGGAUCUGGAUGUGUUUUCCUACUUACCCUGCGCAUUUCCUGCUACUUUUCAAUGUGGAUUGUAAAUUCCUUGGGACAGGGAAUCCAUUGUCACUGGUGUUUGUAAAGGGCCAGGCACCUGUAUGUAAUCAUGUAAGUAAGAAAUAAAAUUCAUAAUUUGAUAUGAA